AUGCAGGCACUUCUAGGAGCUGGGGGUCAGGGCAUCCGGGCACCAGUUGACCCGCAGGAGGGACCUUCAAAAGGUCCAGUGAGCUCGGACCAGCUGGUGGCUUUUGGGAAAAAGUAUAGUGGAGAUGAAGGUGCAAGGAAAUUUAAGAAGUUGCUUGGGGAGUUUAUGAUCUUGUUGGGUGGUUUUUAUGUAGGGGAUUUUAUUCCAUGGCUUGGUUGGGUUAGUCAAAUUAAUGGUUUAGAUGCAAGAGUGGAGAAAGUUGCUAAGGAGUUUGAUGAGUUUCUGGAUUCUGUAGUUGAUGAGCAUAUGUGUACUCUUAACAUGAAAGGAGAGAACUGUGGUGAUAAUAUGAGUGUUGAAGGUGAAGAUGGGAAGGAUCUUGUGCAUGUUCUGCUUGAAAUUCAAAAGCAAAACAAGACUGGCUCUUCCAUUGAUAGGGAUAGCAUCAAAGGUAUCAUUUUGGAUAUUUUUGGUGGUGGAACUGAUACUAGCUACACAGUUCUAGAGUGGGCAAUGACCGAACUCUUAAGGCAUCCGAUAGUCUUGAAAAAACUGCAAGAUGAGAUGAUGGGAAUUGCUAAUGGCAAAGCAGACAUAACCGAGGCCGAUUUAGAUAAAUUUCCUUACUUAAAAGCAGUGAUCAAAGAAACACUUCGGUUGUAUCCUCCAAUACCGUUACUGGUUCCUCGCGAAUCAACUCAAGAGGCUAAAAUAAAGGGCUAUGACAUAGCAGCAAGAACCAUGGUCCUGAUCAAUGCUUGGACAAUUGGAAGAGACCCCUCAAUGUGGGAUGAACCAGAGGAGUUUAAACCAGAGAGGUUUUUGAACUCUUCUGUAGAUUUCAAAGGGCAUGAUUUCCAAUUAAUCCCAUUUGGAGCUGGAAGAAGGGGCUGUCCAGGAUCCUUGUUUGCCAUGAUCACUAAUGAGAUUGUGUUAGCAAAUCUUGUGCACAAGUUUGACUGGACAUUGCCUGGUGGAGCCAGAGCUGAGGAUAUAAGCAUGACAGAAUGUACUGGCCUUGUCAUCCACAGAAAAGCUCCUCUUGUAGCUAUGGCAGCACCAAGGCCUUUCUGCAGUGUCACCACAAAGUUUCAUAACAGAAGCCCAAAGGAAGCAUAA